AAUUUAUUCUCUUGUGUUUAAGAUAUGGCGUAUAAAAUAUAUAGUGUUGAAAAAGAGGUCAAUCUAUCUCCAUCUCAAAGCCAAACCCAAAAAUUGUAAAUGUCUUCAUUUUUCUUGUUAGUUUUUCUGAUCAUUCAAACAUGGCCAAUGAAGCUAGAAGCCCAAAAAAACAUAUUUAUAUUAGCAGGACAAAGCAACAUGGCUGGAAGAGGAGGAGUAGUAAACGACACGACAACCGGUGUCACAACCUGGGACGGUGUUGUUCCACUUCAAUGUCAACCAAAUCCAUCAAUUAUGAAGCUCAAUGCAAAUCUUAAAUGGGUUGAAGCACAUGAACCUCUUCAUGAAGACAUAGAUACGCUAAAGACAAAUGGGGUUGGACCAGGUAUGGCAUUUGCGAAACAUGUGCUGGAAAAAAACUCGGGACUUGGUUUGGUGGGGUUGGUCCCAUGUGCAAUUGGUGGCACCAAUAUAAGUGAAUGGGAAAGGGGUAAAGUGCUUUAUAACCACAUGAUGAAGAGGGUUAAAGCAUCGUUGCGUGAUGAUGGUAAUAUUAGAGCACUUCUUUGGUUUCAAGGGGAGACUGAUACGGUAAGUCUAACUGAUGCACAAUCAUACCAAGCUAGAGUUCACAAGUUUUUCUUGGAUGUUCGUGAUGAUUUGCAGUCUCCAUUACUUCCCAUAAUUCAGGUUGCUUUGGCAUCAGGAUCAGGCCCUUACAUAGAGAUAGUGAGACAAGCUCAACUGGGUAUUGACCUCCUGAACUUGAAAACUGUGGACGCUAAGGGUUUGCCUCUUCAGCCCGAUCGGCUUCAUCUUUCAACCCCUGCCCAGGUUGAUCUUGGAAAGAUCAUGGCUGAUGCAUUCCUUCAAUUUGUACCCUCUUCAAGUUCAAAUCCAGAUCCAUAUCACAAUGUUAGUCCAAUACGUAACGAGGCAACAAGUUCCAUUGCGUUUUCUAAUUGUAUUUCUCAUAUUUAUUUGGUAGCAUUGUUCAUAACAUUUCUCACAAUGACGUCCCUAACUUUAUUGUAGAGUUGUGGAGUUUAAAUUGUAAUGACCUUCAUUUAUCAUUGCUAUUUUAAUCACAUAGCAUAAACACAGCCAUGAAAUUAGGCUCUAAAGUCUACAAAAAAAAAAUCGAGCACCGUAUGGUUCUUUUCAAUCUUUAA